AUGGUAAGAUUUCUUUCAUUUAAAAUUGUAUCGUUCACUGAAAAUGAACUGUUUUCCACGCGAGCUGCCUUUAUUCCCGAUCGUUCAAGACUGCUAUAUCGUGAGAAAUUGCUUAUUGUCGUUGCCGCUUUGGCCGCGUGCGCCAGCGCCUCCGUUCCGGAAGGCGUAAUUGCUUCUUUAAUCGGCGCACAGCAAAGGACAGGAGGCGUCCCCCCUCAAGGCACCUUCCAAUACUCAUAUGAUACUGACACCGGAAUCUCCAGCAGCGCCCAAGGAAAAUUGAAAGUUGUUGGCAAGGAUGAAGUAGCCCUUGAGGUUUCCGGAUCCAACUCAUACACCUCACCAGAAGGCCAAAAGGUUGAGCUUACGUACAUUGCUAACGAAAAUGGAUACCAACCACAGGGUUCUCAUUUACCCGUACCUCCAGAACCUCUUCCAAUCCCAGAGUACAUCGUCCGUGCCCUGAAAUACAUCGAGGCGCACCCACCUCCAGUCCAGAAGCCCCAAAACUAAUAAGCUCAAUAUCAACGGAAACAGAUAAAAGUUUUUUUUACUAUAAGAAUGGUUAGGAUGGCAAUCCUACAUGUUAUUUUGUAACUGUUAAAGGUUUUAUUCUAUUGCCGAUGAUUUUAGGUUAUUAACAAACAAUUGUUCACACUGAGCGACACACGGUUAUUAGAACUUAGAAGUAGGUAUAAUAUAUUAAUGUCGUACACAACAAUUUUGUUAGCUUUAAAAAGUAUCAUUAAUAUGGACUCUAAGAUGUUUUUAACUCUUGAAGUCUGACUUUUUUAAAUAUAAUGUUGGAGAUU